UUUUCCGAAGGUUAAAGAAUAAUCAAGUUAAUCCCAUCCAACUGAGCUGAGAUUCAAUGAGAUCACACAACGACUUGGAGUACAAUUAGCGCAGGUGUGAUCCGUGAUGACGCAGGACAGGGCAGUUGUUCCGUACGUGGGCAACACCAGAGUACGCGUAGCGGCACUCCUCCGUGCUCCCCUCAAAACCUCCACUUUCCGUCCCUCUCGAGCUUCUCCGGGUAUCGAUCAGUCGCAUAAAAUCCGUGCGGCUCUUUGAAGCAUCGACCAUAUCUUCGCCUCUGUCAGUCAAGGAGAAUGUGUUGCGGCAGGGGCCAAACCGGAUCCCAACACACGUCUCCCGCACAACUGGACCCGGAUGACGGGGGGAAAGGGUACCGCCGACGUCCUGGUGAAAAGGGUGCGGGACUGCUUCACCUCUGCUCCUACUGUCCAGGGAAAACCAGGUCUCACCAGCACCUGUUUCAGUGGCGAGGUUGUGUCUCGCCGUGUCUGCGCUCCCGUCUGUCUUUAAGAACCGCUGGCUUCCAGAUGUUGUUGAGGGACCCUUCAGUAAAGAUGUUUGCCUGUAAACCAAAACUUUGAAAAUAAUAAGCAGCACAGUAGGUAAAGAACGCUUCUGUCACCUUUUGACACGAAGGACUCUAUUGCAGACUUCCAUAAUGUGGUAUGGAGGCAAAAUAUAUGAACUCGAUAGACAACACUGUUCCAGUCGGUCCUGGCUCCGAACUACAUGAAGAACUUAUUGAUUCCCUGUGUGGCUGAGCAGUCCCUUAGAUCAGCGGAUUGAGGUCUGCUGGUUCCUAGUUCUCGGACUGGAAGGUUCUUAUUAAUAUUUAAUAUGUUACUGGGUUUUAUCGUCUGACUCGUGCCAUUUUAUCCUUUUUUAAGAUUUUAUCAUCACUGUGUUUAUUUCUAUUUGUUUUUAUUUGCAUUUGUUGUAUCAGCUGUUUUUUGUCCUUUAAAGCGCUGUGUAACUUUGUUGAGAAAGGUAGUAUAUAAAUAAAGUUUAUUAUUGUAAUCAUUAUAUAUUGUGAAAUGAAUGAAUUGUAACUAUUACUGAAGAAAAUAUCAGAGAUGGCAGCAGCAAGUUCACGAUUAUUUUGAGUCAGGUCUUGCAUUAACAGUAAUCCUUCUCACAUGUAUGCAGUCCCAGGGACACUGUGUAAACUCUGUCAAACAAUGACUCAUUUCAGCACAUCUGCUUCAGAGUCCAUCGGGUUGCUGGUUUACAUGGUUCACCUUAAAGAAGGGGUUGCAGGUUGCAUCACCAGCAUGAUAAAAACCAGCAGAGAGAUAUGGUUAAAAAGGAUACAUUCAGAGUCCCCUAUGGUUUCUUCAGGGUUACCCGUAGUCCUCCAGAAGUGAUAAAUAAUGCCUUCACAGGCUCAUUGUAAAGCCCUGGUUUGGAAGACAGUUGUAAUGUUACCAUUCUCAAUCAUAACCACGAGACCAGACACCUGAAAAUACCUUCCUUUAAGUGUUGUUGUUGUCAAUGACAAAAACGAAGGUCUUAUUAUGAAAAGAUCAAUUGUAAUCUACAAUUACUAAACACUAAACAUGACAGGAUACAGAUGUAAUAAUCAUUUAAUUAUAGAGUCUUAGAGGAAUGAACCCAGACAGAAAACCUGCUACAAACAGGUCUCAGGAGUUUUUAAAACAAGAUUAAAAAAAGUAACCACAUAGUGGUGAAAACUGGUUUACAUUUAUUAAAGACAAACAUGUUGUAUCAAAACCGUAUUUGACACAAUCCUCAAAAUUGACAUUCACAAUUAUGAAUUAAGCACCCCUUUUAAACAAUGCUGUUGUGGAUCUUGAAUGCAGCCCACAAUUGUCUUUCUUUUUUUCCUUUUAUCAUGUCUGUCGGACUCUGCACUGUGAACCCUCCUGAACUGGAGGCCAGAAUCCACAGUGAAACCCUUCACAGUGGGCUCUUUCUGAGGCACAGAAGAUCCAGAGACUUUUAGCACACCAUACACCGAAAUCAUUCAGACUGUAAAACCAGAGUCAGAUCAGUCGGUGUAGCUGAAAGCAGGUUCCUGAUGUCUGCAGCAGGGGAAGCCUGUGAUAUUGAGUACAGCUUCGCGGAGGAGCAGGACUUCCAGCAGGUACUGAACAUCUGCAGCCCUGGUGACUACAAUGGGCUGGACUAUAUUGCUGCAACCUUUCACCGCUGGCUGCAGGAGCCCGGACGCCUCAUCUUCAUCGCUAGGAUGAACAAGAGAGUGGUGGCGCUGGAGUCUACACUGCUGGUGGACGGUGGUCAGACAGUAGUAUUUCAGGGUUUCAGGGUGGCACCUGAUAUGAGAGGUUGUGGCAUCGCUGGCGCCCUCAAGAGGCACGUGACCGCCUACAUCCGCCGCCACUACCCAGAAGUCCGUGUUGUCAGGCUGAGCCGAGGAGACCAGCCUUCACCACAAGUACUGGCAAAGUACAGACUCAUAGCUAAAGAGGCCAUAUUGUCUCUGUGCUGUGAGGCAACUGAUCUUGGCCCCUUCAUCGCUGAGCUUCAGUCCAAACUGUCCUGCCAGGCUGACUCCUGCCAAAGUGCUCCAGUUACACUGAAUCAGCAUCAGGCGGAGACGCUGAUCCUGACCGAUCAUGUGAUUUCCAACCUGCUGCCUGGCAAAACCAUCAUCAUUGACUGGGAACCACUGAAGCCUGUGGAGGCCAAUCUGGAGGUGCUACGCCGCAGGGGGCUGAUGGUGAUUGCAGACCGCGAGUUUGAACCCACAGUCAUCAGCCUGUGCACCCCACCGUACAAAGUCCCCUACCGCCAUGACGCCCUGCGGAUCAACAUCAAUAUCUUUGGCCACAGUUUAGCUUCGGUCUGUGCCAUGUUUCUGGCUCAGCUUGAAGCUUUGCUGCCAAGUCUCCAAGGUUACCUUAUCUUCAACACCUACGUGGAUCCUGCAGUUUGGCCAGGGUUACACCAGUUCUGCCAGAACAACGCCAAUAUGCUAUUUUUCAAGGACUACUGGGAGGAGCUCAUAUUGGAGACAGACGUCUGAAUUGUCUCAGCAACACUGUACACAUUUGAGACUAAGCAAUAAAUAAAA